AUGCUCGAGGCGUUCCAGCUGCUCCGGGCACGCAACCUCUCGGGGCUCCUCCUGCUCAACGACGACGGCAAGGACGACGCGUACUCGACGUUUGGCUGGACCGAUAUCCUCGAGCUCGUCGAAAACUGGCCGCCCCGCACGGAGGCCGGCGUUGUCAUGCCGACCAGCAUUUCGCUCUCGACACCGCUGCCCAACUUUGGCUACUUGCUGCGCCCCAUUGGCCAUGUGCUCAAG